AACACCAUUGCUUUGUGGAAAACGUUGAACCGCUGCUUUCUGUUUCCUUUUUUUGGUUUCCUUGGACUAUGAAACCUCUCUCACCUUCUUUCUCUCCAAGCCAUCCUCUCUCUCUCUCUGCGAGUUUGUGAAUUCAUGUAUGCUUAACAUCAUCAUACCAGAUUUUGUUCGAUUAGUAUUCGAGAUUUCUGCAAAACCAAAAGAAAAGAGAAAAAAUGGGAUAUAAGGACUUGGUACUGUCUUAUUCAAAUAAGAUGCGGGUUAUUGAAGCCCCAGCAAGUGGAGGCGGUCUCAGCCAGAAUGAAAAAUUUAGCUAUGGCUAUGCAAGCUCAGCUGGCAAGAGAUCAUCCAUGGAAGACUUUUUCGAAACAAGAAUCGACGGUGUCAAUGGAGAAAUCGUUGGUCUUUUUGGAGUCUUUGAUGGACACGGUGGAGCCGCAGCAGCUGAGUAUUUGAAGCGUCAUCUUUUCAGCAAUCUUAUCACUCAUCCUAACUUCAUUUCCGACACCAAAUCUGCUAUAGCUGAUGCCUAUAAUCAUACAGACACUGAACUCUUAAAGUCAGAAAAUAAUAAUCACACUAUAGACGCUGGUUCAACUGCCUCUACUGCUAUUCUCGUUGGUGAUCGUUUACUUGUUGCUAACGUUGGUGAUUCCAGAGCUGUUAUAUGCAGAGCCGGAACUGCCUUUGCUGUGUCAAGAGACCAUAAACCUGAUCAAAGCGAUGAGCGUGAACGCAUUGAGAAUGCUGGUGGUUUUGUCAUGUGGGCUGGGACUUGGAGAGUUGGAGGAGUUCUUGCAGUUUCUCGUUCGUUUGGUGAUCGUCUUCUGAAACAGUAUGUUAUUGCUGACCCUGAGAUUCAGGAAGAGAAGAUUGAUGAUUCUCUUGAGUUUCUGAUCCUUGCCAGCGAUGGACUUUGGGAUGUUUUCUCCAAUGAGGAAGCUGUUGCAGUCGUUAAAGAGGUUGAAGAUCCAGAGGAGUCCACCAAGAAACUUGUGGGAGAAGCAAUAAAGAGAGGAAGUGCAGACAAUAUUACAUGUGUAGUUGUACGUUUUCUUGAGAGCAAGACUGCUAAUAAAAAAUCUUCCCACAUACCCUCAGCAGAUGCCAGCUCAUCCCAGGAAGCAACCAACGGUCAUCAAACCGUAGUUACAAGUGACGCUGAACACAAGAUCUCAGCCAAUGAAACCAACCAAGACCAUACGGCCGUUAGAAAUGGCUCAGACCACAAGAUGUCAGGCAAGGAAACCAAUCAAGACGUACUCAGCGACUUGGACUGCAAUGCUGAAAAUGAAAGCUUGAACCAAAAGCCGAUCGCAGCUGGAAGCAGCGUUUCUUCAGAAGAGAAUGCUUCAGCAGGGGAAACAAAUCAAGUUCCAAGCAAAAUUCACCGCGGCUCAGAGCAUAAGAGCUCCUCCUCCAAGCAACCUUCUCAAGGGCACAUCACAGUGCACAACAAUAUGGACGAGAGCGUUGCUAAUCAGAAGAAUCAAAAGCCAACCGCAGUUAAUAACACCAACUCCACCACAAGCAAGGCAAGUGGCGAUCACUCUUAUCACUAACUAAAUGUCUCGAGAUUUUGCAUCAACUUACUUCUCUGAUCGAAGUAAGUUUAUUUUCUUUGCUCUCUUUUUUUUCCUUUUUGAGGUUCAAAUUCCAAAUAAAGUAAUGUUUCUUCUGCCUUGUACUAAAACUUGUAAAUUGUAUAACUAGUCACUCUUAUUUCAG